GCCAUGACAGUCGCAUUUUGGCACAUUCUCUAGCACCAGUCCGUCAAAGCAAAGUGACGCGGAGCAGCGGACGGCGAGGGAUUCGGAUUUACGGAAGAUAAAGUGGGGUUUGGGAACCGUUUUCACGGCCGCUGUGCUUCCAGCCUGCUUGAAAAGGGUCAGCAUGUCCAGCGAGGUCCAGCCGAGGCCGGACGACAGCCCCAACACCAGUGGGGGGAGCUCGGAUGCCGAGCAGAGGGAGGCGGCCCCUCCGGAGCAGCCCGGCCCCGAGCAGCGGGACCAGUCUCAGCCUAAAAAGAAGGAGGCCAAAAUCUCCAGCAAGACCGCUGCCAAGCUGUCCACCAGUGCCAAGAGGAUCCAGAAGGAGCUGGCAGAGAUCACUCUGGACCCGCCACCAAACUGCAGUGCCGGACCUAAAGGAGACAACAUCUAUGAGUGGAGGUCCACCAUCCUGGGCCCCCCAGGCUCUGUGUACGAAGGGGGGGUCUUCUUCCUGGACAUCACCUUCACACCAGACUACCCCUUUAAACCACCCAAGGUGACGUUCCGUACGAGGAUCUAUCACUGCAACAUCAACAGUCAGGGCGUGAUCUGCCUGGACAUCCUGAAGGACAACUGGAGUCCCGCUCUCACCAUCUCCAAGGUCCUGCUGUCCAUCUGCUCCCUGCUCACUGACUGCAACCCUGCUGAUCCUCUGGUUGGAAGCAUCGCCACACAGUACCUGACCAACAGAGCCGAGCACGACAGGAUAGCCAAACAGUGGACCAAACGCUACGCCACAUAGAGCAGGCCUAGUUCUGUGAGACAUCCCAUCAACCACACGUCCAACUCUUCCUCUCCUCUGGGUCUAAGGAAGCCAACCCGUCCCUGUCAUCCAGCCCAACCCGCUGACAUAUGAACUGUUAUUUGUUCCAUGCUGACUUGAGAAGCUUCUUUUUAUACAAAGAGUCUUUUGGGAUUGUGUUUUCCAAUAGACUGAAUGUUGAUAUGGUCAUAAAAAGCUUUAAUACUGUUCUUGUUUUUGUUGACGUUGCUGUUCUUAAUGCAUUGUUUAUACCAUGGUUUGCACUCUGGUCAUGUCCUUCAUUGAAAAGUGUGCGUGUAUUAUCCAUGGCUCAUGUGAUGUAAAAAUGUUCAUAAUGAGUGAGUGAGUGUGUGUGUUUGUUUGUGUGUGUAGUGUUCUGUUUUAGGCCCAGCCUCUGGUCAGUAAUAGUGCAUGACAUAUGGAUGUGUUCAUGCAGUGUAGUCCCAGUAUCGGUUCUGUCCCUGCAGAUUUGUGGCAUGGAGUGAGCUGAUCAUCAUGUGUGACAUUAGGUGUUAGUUUGCUGUACAUUUAUUGCCUUGUUGGGAACACAUACUGAAUUAAACACUGGCUGUAAUGUGA